GGGAGUCAGUGACGCAGUUCCUUCUCCGCUGUGUUCCAAGAUGUGGGCCGGGCGCUCUCGAUGAGGGUGAUCCAACACCCCAUUAAGAACUUCCUCACCAAACCCAAGGAAGGGAUCAGGCAAGAUUUGUGCUGGGCACAUCCUUUGGAGUGAGGCUGUGCUGGGCAGGUAUUCCCUCUUACUCCUCACUCCAUUGCAGCUAAUCAGUAACCAAGGACCAUGUGACUACUGCUCACAGAAACCUGUACAGGCAGGUGCUGCUGAUGGUGGAACUGGGACUGAGGAGGUGUUGAUUUCAAAGUAUCAUUCCUGAAAAAUCAGAAUCUCACACUUUCAAGAGAACUCCACAGAGGUGUUGCCAGGGAAGUCAAAAUUUAGAAAGCUCCUUCUGAAGAGAAAGAGAAGAUUCAACAGGCCACUGUGAUGCUUCAAGCAAGACAAAAUGAGAAAGACAAGAAGCUUCAGGCAUAAGACAGUUAAAGACAAUGAAACACUUACAGAAGUGAGUGAGCAAGAAUCUGAAAAAGAUGGUAGUCAGUGCUUAGAUCCUGCAACAAACAUGAGAAUUCAGGCUGAAAAGAAACAGUAUGUAUGUACUGAGUGUGGGAAAGCCUUUAGUCAGAGUGCAAAUCUUACAGUACAUGAAAGAAUCCACACAGGAGAGAAACCCUAUAAGUGUAAGGAGUGUGGAAAAGCCUUCAGUCAUAGCUCCAACCUUGUUGUUCAUCGAAGAAUCCACACUGGACUGAAGCCCUACACAUGCAGUGAAUGUGGGAAAUCUUUCAGUGGUAAGUCACACCUCAUUCGGCACCAGGGAAUCCAUAGUGGGGAGAAAACUUAUGAAUGUAAGGAGUGUGGGAAAGCCUUUAGUCGGAGUUCAGGUCUUAUUUCACAUCAUAGAGUUCACACUGGGGAAAAGCCCUACACUUGUAUCGAGUGUGGGAAAGCCUUUAGCCGUAGUUCAAACCUUACUCAACAUCAAAGAAUGCACAAAGGAAAAAAAGUUUACAAAUGUAAGGAGUGUGGGAAAACAUGUGUUUCUAAUACAAAGAUUAUGGACCAUCAGAGAAUUCACACAGGGGAGAAGCCUUACGAGUGUGAUGAGUGUGGAAAAGCUUUCAUUUUAAGGAAGACCCUUAGUGAACAUCAGAGACUUCACCGUAGAGAGAAACCUUACAAAUGUAAUGAAUGUGGGAAAGCUUUUACUUCUAACCGAAACCUUGUUGAUCAUCAGAGAGUUCACACUGGAGAGAAACCCUAUAAAUGUAACGAAUGUGGAAAAACCUUCAGGCAGACUUCUCAAGUUAUUCUACAUUUGAGAACCCACACUAAGGAGAAACCCUAUAAAUGUAGUGAGUGUGGGAAAGCCUAUCGUUAUAGCUCACAGCUUCUUCAACACCAGAGAAAACAUAAUGAGGAGAAAGAAACAUCAUAAAUAACAUAUAUUGUUAGUAGGCCUAAUUGCUACUUUUUGGAAAAACAAUUUUUCAUUAUUCUCGACCUUAAUUCAAUUUCUAAGACUCCAUACAGGGAAAGUAACCAGAAGCAAACAAAGAUGAACAGAGGGAUAUUCAUGCUAGCAUCAUAUAUAACUGAAGGAAGAGAACUAGAUUUUCAGUAGUAUAGGGUUUAAAUAAAUGAUAGUCUAUCUACAUGAUGGUUUUGCAGCCAUUAUAAACAUUCUUAAAGAACAUUUAAUGUCAUGGGGAAAAUUAUUUGUAUAAAAUGGAAGAUAAAAAACAAAUUUGAUCCAAAUUUUUAAAAAAUAUUUACCUAUAGGAGAAAAAUGGGAAUGAAAUAACACCAAACCAAAACAUUGACAGUGAUUAUCAUUGGGUGAUAGGAUUAUAGGUGAUUUCUAUUUUCUUUAUACUUUUCUAAGCUUCUUAGAUUUUCUAUAAGAAUGUAGUACUUUUAUAUUCAGGGAAGAAGUACAGUAUUUUUUAAAUGCAGUGAGUACAUGCUCAUUUUCACUCAGCAGUGUUAUGAAAGGCAUGUAGAACAUGGACCCUAAACUCAUGGGAUUCCACCCUAAUACUGGCACUUGGUAGCAGUGGAAGCAUGAGCAAGUCACUUCCUUUUAGAGCCUGUUUCCUGUUUAUUAAAUAAUAAACACCAGUCGUUGGUCUUUUGCAGUUUUAAAAUAAGCUGACUUUUUUU